AUGUCGUCCCCUCAGCCUACGGGCGCCCAAAUUCACAACGCCGUCAACCUGUUGAUUGAUAACUUGGUCAAUAUCAAAGACGAGACAGGAACAUUCCUACUGCCACUUCCUGAUGGGCGCAUUAUCGACACAAAGUCAUGGCAGGGUUGGGAGUGGACACACGGAAUUGGACUGUACGGCGUGUGGAAAUACUACGAGUUGACGGGCGACGAAAGAUUGUUGCGCAUCAUCGAAGACUGGUUUGCUGCACGAUUUGCCGAGGGUGGCACUACCAAGAAUAUCAACACAAUGGCUGUGUUUUUGACUCUCGCCUACGUCUAUGAGAAGACCGGCAAUGUCACCUACCUGCCGUGGCUCGAUGCGUGGGCUGAGUGGGCGAUGCACGAUCUCCCCCGCACCCGCUACGGUGGCAUGCAGCAUAUGACUUAUAUCACAGAGAACUACCAGCAGCUCUGGGAUGAUACUUUGAUGAUGACUGUUAUGCCACUCGCGAAGAUCGGAAAGCUUCUGAACCGACCCCAAUAUAUCGAAGAGGCGAAAAAGCAAUUCCUCACUCACAUUAAAUAUCUUUUCGAUACAAAGACUGGUCUCUGGUUUCACGGCUGGACUUUUGAGGACGGCGGACACAAUUUUGCAGAUGCGCGCUGGGCCCGUGGCAACAGCUGGGUCACAAUUGUCAUUCCCGAGAUCAUCGAGCUACUCGACCUCCAACCAAAUGACCCUAUUCGUCUUCACCUGAUAGAUACACUCGAGGCACAGUGUGAGGCCCUUCAGCGUCUUCAGUCGUCAUCCGGCGCGUGGCACACUCUCCUUGACCAUCCCGACUCGUACUUGGAAGCCUCUGCGACCGCUGGCUUUGCCUACGGUAUCCUCAAGGCCGUUCGGAAACGUUACAUCGGUGCCCAAUACCGCCCCGUGGCUGAGAAGGCUAUCAGCGCAGUGAUGGGAUACGUGGACGAGAAAGGAGAAUUGCAGAAUACCAGCUUUGGCACCGGGAUGGGUGACUGUCUUGACUUUUAUAAGAAGAUUCCAUUGACCUCAAUGCCUUAUGGCCAGGCUAUGGCUAUUAUGGCUUUGGGCGAAGCGUUGCGUGGUUUGUUGUAA